UAGGUUAUGCUUCCUGAAGAAAGCUUCUCUAUCUUCCUUGCCACACACCUUAAAUCGUUCUCCAAGAACCGUCGUCAAUCAAUUGUUUAGAUUUGUCACAUUUAUUUUCCUUUUUUCUUCUUCACAUCUCUUGGUGAUCCUCUUGGCCACAAACCUGCUGUUGAAGAACUGAAAUCAUCGUUUGUAACUUCCGAUAUCUCAACGUCCAACCUUAGAAGAUAGGAUUUUCAGACUGUCCUGCUGUGGCGCGAAGUCCUCUUUCCCCAUUCGUUGUCGAGGCUGUUGGACUGCCACGGGCUGCUUAUCGCCUCCAAGAAGCAUUGUUCCUCUCCGCUUGGAAUUACCUGGCAUAAGUCAGUCCUUUCCACCACACCACAAGCCACAGCAGAUUCUCUUCGCUUUACCUAUCCUCCUGCAUCUUACAUACUUGAAGAUCAAUAAUUAUGGGCUCGUGAAGUCCCUGAACUGAUGCGCAACUGGAUUGAAUGCAUUUCUUGCCGCUCCACUGUCUCCCUACUACUCUUCGACGCCAAUAAAAAGUACCGCAGCUGCUUAACUCGAGCUCAUCAAACACAGUUCCACCAUCAGCUCGCUUCUUUUAGUGCAUCGGAUCCAAUCCAGCUUUGAAGUAUCUUUUAAGUUAAUUUGAAAAGCAUCAAGUAGUGAAUGUUGUAUGCUUGUUAUUGUUAUCCGAUUUGCAGAAAUAUCAGUUUUGCUUCUUGGUAUCAACUUAUCGAAGUCAUUUUAGUUUUAGCGACAAACAUUUUUUUUCAAGUGAGAUAGUUCACUGGCAUUCGACAAUAUACACGAAAAUAGCCUCAAUUGAUGGCAGUCUCUGUUCAAGGCCGAUUCACCUCCAAGUCCAGUCUCUGGAACAUGGCCGGUUUACCAAACCACAACUACUCGGGAGGAAUUCCGAAUCAUAUAUCCUCGACAGCCUACCCAUAUUCUACUAUGAAUCCAGGUGUCGAUCAAAAUAUGAUGCCUAACUACGAUCAUCAUAUGGAACCAAUUCAAUCUCACUCGCCUUUACAUGGGCAAGGGCAAUCUCCGUCUAACGGAGAACUUGAGAUUCCAUCUCUGUCAAAGUCAUCUAAAGAAUCUAAAGCGAAACGAUCAAUGUCUACUCCAAACAUCAGAACUUCGAGUAACACUGACGCGGCUGCCUUGGCUUUGGUUAAUGACAAGAGAAGAAACAAGUUGGGUUAUCAUAGGACAUCGGUAGCUUGUGGUAAGCAGUGUUCUCGUCCUUCGAGGACGGAGGCGAUUUACUUUUAUGACAUAACAAAAUUGAUGAAUAUACUAACAUAACACUCGUAGGUCACUGUCGCCGCCGCAAGAUCAGAUGCAUACCAGCGCCAGCAGAUCCCCAGAAUCGAUGUUCAAAUUGCAUUAGAUUAAAAAAGGAAUGCAACUUCUACCCGGUUGACCAGCAGCCUCAGCCAGAACCGAAGCGCCGAGGUUCCAAAGCCCAAAGCGGAACUGGAGUAGCCUCUCAAUCGUCUUCACCAUCUAUUCCAUCUGGUCAACUACCUGAUAUGCAGCCUAACCUUCCGUACCAUCUAAACAUGCCAUCAAUCCAGAAUUUAGGAGGAGCUCAGGUUAAAACGGAAAGGACCGCGAGCUUUUCUCCUGAAAACAAAGGUAUGUAGUAGCCUUCCUAUAAAGUUUUCUACUGACAAGAGUGGCAGCUGCAUCACGAAAUUUUGACUACAAUAGUGGGCACACCCCGUGGAUGGGACCCGAAGUAUCUCCAGGUGCCAAAACGCCAGCAGACAUGUCUGGGCAUUACUGGCCUGCCAACACUCAGGGAUCCCCAAUGACCCCAGGUUUCUCACCUUACACGGCCCCCAGCAUGCAUAUGGCGACGGCGCAAAACUGGCAAAGCAGAAGCCAUCAUGGUCUUCCCGAGACCAACUCAAGAGAGCCGGAAUGGCCAGCACCUCAGCGAUCUGUUUCGUAUAGCAAUUUAGAAGGAAUGCAGGCCAGCAGCCAACACUCCGCUUACGGUCUUCCACACCCAUCGGAUUCUUAUGCCUCUGCAAGAACCCGUGCUCCGAAUGGCGCAAUGUAUCCACCUAAUAUAACAACCACGCAUCCACACUCAGCUGCUGAGAUUUCCUCCGCAUCAACAGUCGGAACAGCCUAUACACAUUCAGCGACUCCAAUGUCCGCCGGAUCUUACACAAGUUGGAAUCAAUCGUACACUGGUGGUUAUGCGAAGGUCUCACCUGGCGUCGAUACAUAUGCUUCAUGGAACGGUGCUCCCGGAGAGGGGCGCAUUGUAGAAGAAGAAGAAAGCACAGGAGGAUAUGGCGGAUAUGGCAACUCCGGAGGCGGGGUCUAUUAUGCUGGCCAGCCACAUGCAGCAGGUCGUUAGUGGAACCAGAAAUACAUUUAUAUCAAAAAGCAGCACAUCACGGAUCACGGUUAUGUUUCUGGACUAUUGGCGCAUGGGAUUGGUACAAGUCGAUAUAGUGAAUUUUGCGAUUGGAGCAGAGCGAGAGCGGGGAAGUAGCGAGGUCGAUAAGGACUUUUCGCCCACGUACGAUUGUAAAUGUAACCUCACCGAAGACACACAUCAACGAAACGGAAAGCGCCUUUUUGUAUAUAAUGGACACCUGGACACAGAGAGUUUGGGAAUUUCUUUGCUCGGAACUCUGGGCUCAUCAUGAUGCGAAACGAUGUGAAAUGGAUUGGAUUCAAGACUGGUUUUUCUAUAAUAUUUUUAGGGCAAAGGGGGGAAAGGUUAAGCGUUUUCUGGGAGAAGGGGGUUUAUUGGAGGUACAAAGUGGGAUGGAUGCAUCUAGGAAGGUAAUCUCAUGAUGACGGGGGAGUUUUCCACGGAUACCUAGACAAACGAACAGAAAGGGAAAAACAUUAUCAAAAAGGAAGGGAUUAAGUAGACUGAUUGCUUCAUCUCUGCUCAUUUGGAUGCGUGUGCCGCAGAUAUAUAGCGGGAGUUAGUAUACCACUACUU